AAUUUACAGAGUUAAUUGCUGAUUAGCAAACACCGCCUAUAUUGCAUCUGAAAAUUUCAAGCAAUGGUUAUUUCAAGGAAUUGAGUUAUCAGCACAACUUUCAAACGCACGCAGUCUUUUGUUCACUCGACGCUCGUGUCGCAGUCCGACCCUCCCCCUCCCUCAUUCCCACACUAUCUCCGACCCUGCGAGCCGAGCGAUCCAACCAUGUUGCGCCACGCCACGCGCCUCCUGACCCGACCCUCGGCCACAGCCGCUGCCGCCAGGGCUCGGCCAUUCUCCACCGCCGGCGUGCCUGCAGUUCCGGUAGGCGACUCAGCGUUCCUGGAGUCUUGGAAGAAAGUGAUCCCGAACAUGGACCCGCCCAAGACCCCGCAGGUCUUCAUGCAGCCUCGGCCGCCCACUCCGUCCUCGAUUCCUUCCAAGCUCACCGUGAACUUUGUUCUUCCUUACGCUUCCGAACUUUCAGCUAAAGAGGUUGACAUGGCCAUCAUACCAGCGACAACUGGGCAGAUGGGUGUUUUACCUGGACAUGUAGCGACAAUUGCAGAGCUGAAACCCGGGGUUUUAUCAGUGCAUGAAGGGAAUGAGGUGACAAAGUAUUUUAUUAGCAGUGGCUUUGCAUUUAUCCAUGCAAACUCAUAUGCUGAUAUAAUUGCCGUUGAGGCUGUGCCAAUUGAUCAAAUUGACCCGGGCCUGGUCCAAAAGGGGCUUGCGGAGUUCACCCAGAAGCUGAGCUCGGCCUCUACUGAGUUGGAGAAAGCUGAAGCCCAAAUUGGAGUGGAUGUGCAUAGUGCUCUUAAUUCUGCCCUCACAGGUUAAAUUGUUAAGUUUCUGCAUCCCUUCCUGAUUUAUUUUUAUUUGAAAAUUUGUUGGCUGACUGUUGGAUUCUUUUUUAGAGGAAGGAGCUUUGAAUACUUUGUUUUUGUAUUCUCAUGUUUCAUGUGGGGAUGGAAGAUUGCCUAUGCAUAUAAUUUGUCAUGUUAGUUUUCAAAAAAAAAACAAAUGCUGAGAAGAAAUUAAACCUGUAAAAACACACUUCCAGUGUGUUUUAUCUUC